UUCAUACAACAGUGGUAAAAAUUGUUAUUCGUAGCAGAUAGAUAGAAAGUUGGAUUUAAUUUAAUAUUUAAGAGUCAAUUUUCAUUCAGUUGGAAAAUAUUAGUGUUGUUUUUGAAACAAAACACAAUCUUUAUCGAGAAGGCAUGGCUGCCCGUCAGUUACUCACUGGUCGCUUAGCUCUUGUGACGGGAGGUGGAAGUGGUAUUGGCAGAGCUGUUUGUCAGGCUUUAGCUCAUGAGGGAGCAAAAGUUGUGGUAGCAGAUAGAAAUGAAAAUGCAGCAAGAUCAACUUUAGAUACUCUACUUCAAGUCAAUCAAAACAAACAUGUCAUGAAGUUAGUGGAUGUUAGCCAGUCUCAGAGUGUGCAUAACUUGUUUUCAUCCAUUAGCCAUCAGUUAUCUCAAGUACCUGACAUAGUGGUCAAUAGUGCAGGUAUUACUCAAGAUGCAUUGAUAAGUGAUUUGACAGAGCAAAUGUUUGAUGAUGUACUACUUGUCAAUCUGAAAGGCACCUUUCUCAUUACCCAAGCUGCUUGUAAACUGAUGGUAUCAGAAAAAAUACAAGAUGGAUCAUUAAUUAACAUAUCCAGCAUUGUUGGAAAAGUAGGAAACAUUGGUCAGUGUAAUUAUGCAGCAUCUAAAGCUGGUGUUGUUGGAUUAACUAAGAGUGUUGCUAAAGAAGUUGCUAAGUAUGGAAUCAGGUGUAAUGCAAUAAUGCCAGGCUUUAUUGAUACUCCUAUGAUUGGAACUAUUCCAGAAAAGGUAAUAGAAUAUUUUAAGAAGCAAACACCAUUAGCAAGACAGGGAAAACCUGAAGAUGUUGCAGAAGCCUGCUUGUUUUUAGCUUCUCCUAAAAGUAGUUACAUAACAGGUGAAGUAAUAGAAGUCACUGGGGGUAUUUUUAUGUAGGAAAUAUUCCAAAACAAAUAAUUUUACAUUAUUUUAGUCACAUCUUCUAAGUCAUGUUGAUGAUUAGGCUAUAUUGUGGAGCUUAUUUAAUUUUGUUCUUCAGUAAGUUAGAAUGUGUAGGAAGUUAGUCGAUUACUGUUUUUUUAGUUUUUACUUUUGUCAGCUGUUGAUUCGUGCUGUAUGUUCUUGUACUGUUUAUUUUAGGUUUUUGAUUCUGAUAUAUGUUACUGCCCUCCUCUCAAAAAUCAGCUGUUCUCAUUCAUUGCUGCUCUCUAUAUGCAAACUUUUUAUUAUGCAUGCCACAAGCCUUUUGCACCCCUCUAUUGGAAUCAAAUUAUUACAACUUGUCUCUCAUGUAAAUCAUCAUGCAUCACUUCUCUGCCAGUAGGAGAAUAGUACACUCACGUGAUGCAUAGACUCUCUGUGUGCCUUUACCAAACUAUCAUUUCUUGUUUGGCAGCACUUGCACUUGGAUGUCUUUCUUUUUUCAUCUUGAUUAGUGUUUGAGAUUGAAUUAGUUUGUGAAGUGGUUAAAUUUUACAUACUCAGUUUUUUGUGUUUUUUUAAAGCAUUUUGUUAUAAUUUUCUUUGUUCUAGACACGUUUAUUUCUUACUUCAAACGCUUUUGUUGACUUCGGGUGUCUCACAUUUGACAGGCACUUUACCAUAGGCUUCAGGUGCUAGUGACCCAUCAAGAGAUUUGUCUAUGUUUAUUUGCAUGGAAAUUGAACAUUAUAUGGACCAACCUCUAUCUCCAGACAUUGCUCAUAGUGUUCUUCUGAACCUGUGGAACCUGGGCAGGCUGACGAGGACUUUGAUCACAUGUUUCCACAUCCUGAAAUUGCUGUGCUUUCCCAGGAUGAUUCUGGUUGGGCCUUCCACAGUUGUUUUGGACUUUAUUUCUCAGGUAUGUGAUGUUUUAUCCCUUGCUCCCAUAUCUUAUGACCCACAUCCUUCAUUACUGAAUGAAUAUACUUCCCAACCCUAUUUGAUUUUUCCCCCAUCCCCUGGAGUCAUGCUAAACAAUUUGCCUCUCAGUUGGGCGAUGGCAUUAGUAUGUCUUGUUCCCCACAUGCUUCGGAUCAGUCUGCCUUCCAUAUUAUAGGGCUGACUGUCCAUAUCUUGACCAAUAACUGUUAGGUUCAGUUUUUACCCAUUUGGGGAUGGGCCCCAAAUCUCCCGUUAGUCUCACCCAUGCCCAAUUUUCCUGCCUCUGUCUUACUCUCAUGACUCUUUUGUGGUACCUUUCCACACUCAAUCUCCCAUCUGAGGCUCUUCACAGAAAUCCUGAGGGAUUUUCUGGGGGCCUCCACUCCCACCUAAUCUCCAUGUUGGCUCAUUUGUUGUCUUCAGCUCUGGCUUUAAAAACGUGGUUUAUCUGUUGUUGGGACAUUUUAGGUAAGGGAUGCAGUUUUAACAAGAACCUGUUUACCUGCUCCUUAUCUCCGGGAUUUGCAUAUGGCUCUGUUUUUAAGCCGUUUCAUCUUUGAUAUGGUCACGGAGUCCUUGGAGUCUCGGGUGGCAUCUGUCCAGCAACAAUCUGCCCUUUCUCAUCUGGUAGCUCGUUUAUCUCAGUUGGAGCCGAGUGUAGCACCAAUUUCAGUUCCCUGUAGUUCCCCUUCCACGCCCUUACCUGUCCCCCCUUCUCGUGGUGCCAUAGCUCGUCAUUUUUCUUGAUGCACAAUAUACCAGUUCCAGUGGCUACCUGGUAGGUUCAGGGCCAAUGGGAGCUUGAUUUACGGCCUUUAUUCAUCAGUGGCAUCCUUUCAUCACCGAUGUUUGAGUUCUUCAAGUUUUGUCAGAGAGCCUCAAAAUUUCACUUCUUGUCCCAUCCCCUUGUCCCAUUACCUCUUAACUUCUCGGAAUCCCAUAACUUGCCGGCAUAUAUCAUAGGCAGUCAGGACCUUCUCAUCCACCAGGCUAUCGAACCUGUUCCACAUCAUUUACCGGGGUUUUACUCUCGUUUGUUUCUUGUUCCCCAAAAGACUGGGGACUGGAAGCCUUUCAUUGAUCUGUCCUGCCUAAAUUGAUUUGUUCACCUCCCAUGUUUCACCAUGGAGUCCUACCUCACUCUUCAAUGGGCAUUUUCUCUGGGUGUUUGGAUGACCAAAGUGGAUAUCUCCAAUGCAUAUCUGCAUAUUCCAAUCUCAGAAUGACCUUCGGUUCAUCCAUCAAGAGGUGGUGUACCAAUUUUGUAUCCUACUCUUCGGGCUGGCAUCUGCUCCUUAUGUUUUCUUUUGGGUGAUGAGAGCUUUUGCUCUUCAUCUUCAUGCCCUGGAGCUGCAUUUCCCUUUUUACUUGGACAACUGACUACUUCUGGCCCAUUCCGAAUAGGAGUCGAUCAGUCAUAUUCAUCAACUCCUUCUAGAAGCUGCUCGGGUAGGCUGGUUGAUCAAAUUAAAGAAGUGCUUUCUGUAUCCUACUCAAUACCUUGUGGCAAUACCUCUGCGCGAUCAAUGGAACCUUGCUCGGGAUCCCUUGGGUUUUCCCAUAACACUUCCUCCUUCCAUUGUAGACGAUCUCCUUUGGUGGUUGAACUAGGCUCGCACAUCAGCAGGUAUACCACCUCCUCCUCCUCAUCUGGAUUUACAUUAGUUUACAGAUGCAACCUUCAGGGCUAGGGUGCAUGGGUUAAUUGUCAGGAGGCUUUGGGCCAUUGGUCUUUUGAUGAAUGGCCUUUACAUAUCAAGAUCCUAUAGAUCCUAGCCAUUUGUCAGGCUAUGGAUUACUUUCUUCCCAUUGCCAGACAUUGUCUGGUAAUGACCCAUUCUAACAAUUCCACAGUGGUGGCUUAUAUCAAUCACCAAGGUGGCACCCAGUUGAGAUCUAUAUUUAGUCCAUGCACAACACAUUCAUUUAAUUGUGUGUCAUGUCCCAGGUGCUUUCAAACUCAUGGCAGAUCGUCUUUCCUGCCUUAACAAGAUUUACCCAACUGAGUGGUCCCCUAAUCCUGUCAUUUUCUAAUGGCUUUGCAAUCUGUGGGGUUUUUCUCACAUCGAUGCAUUCACCACUGCCCUAACUCACCAUUUACCCCUCUUUUGAUCCCCAGUUCCUCAGGCUUUGGCUAUAGGUGCCUUCAGCUAUCAUUGGUUGCACAAGUAACUAUAUGUUUAUCCCCAUAUCUGACUGCUUCAUCAGGUAGUUUCCCUUAUCUAUGCCACUCUGUUCCAGGUCCUUCUGAUUGCUCCCUACUGGCUGGCUCAACCAUGGUUCCUUCAUUUACUCCAACUACAAUUAAUCCCUACUGUACCACUUCCAUUCUUACCUGACCUUCAUCAACCCCAGUCACCAGUUCUGCAUCCUGCACUUCGUGUCGUCAUCUUCAUACCUGGCUUUUCUCCAGUCAUUGGCAAGGAGAUCUGGUUUCUCCCAUCGUGUAGCUUUUCAUUUGGCUCAAUCCAUCCAUUCUUCCUCCAUGGAGGUUAUCAGCAAAAGUGGAAGGUCUUUCACACAUGGGCCCUGGCUUGGAGAUUAUCUGUUGCGUCUCCUACUGUUGCUAGUGUCUCCAAGUUUCUCACAUGGCUUUUCAACCAAGGGUCUUCAGUUUCCUCAAUUUCAGGUUAUUGGACAGCUUUAUCCCAUACAUUUCCCAUUAUUGCAGGGUUUUCUCUCACCUGUUCUUACUAUGUUAAUAUGUUCCUUCCAGAUUCAUUUACCUCCUCUGUGACCUGCCCUUUGGGAUUGGGACAUUAAUGUGGUCCUCCAUUCCCUUACUUUACCUCUGUUCAAACCCAUUUCCUUGUGUUCUUUGUUUCACUUGUCUCUUAAAGUCUAUUUCCUUCUCCUUUUGGUCUGUGGGCAUCGACAGUCUGACUUGUUUGCCAUUGACAUUACACACACACACACACUUUACCACCAAACCUAUCUUCUCCUUUAUCCUGAUCACUCCUUCCUAUCCAAAACCUAGGUGGCUCAUGAGUGUAACUCCUCCUUCUCUCCUAUUUCCUUCACUCUCUACCCACAUCCUAAUCCAGAUAGACUUCAUGUCCUGUGCUUGCUCUUCAUUGUUAUAGUACCUGCACAGCUUCCUUCCAUGGUUCCCAUUUGCAUCUCUUUAUUUCGUGGCAACCCUCUUCCUCCAGAGAUCUCUCCCCUUUCACUCUCACCAUAUGGGUUCGUCAGUUUGAUUCAGUUGUCUUAUUCCUCCUUUUCCCCUUCCCACUGUACUUUGUUCUGUGUUACCUCUCAUUAAAUAUGAGACCUCACCUUUUCCCUUGCUUCUCAUCUUUGUCAGCCUUUGAAGGAAAUCCUACAAUCAGGCAUGUAGACCAACCCUAACACAUUCAUCUCCAAUUAUUUACAUUAUAUUGCGGUUUUGGCUUCCUCAGGUAUUCGCCUACCACCUGGCUGUACUUCAGACUUCAGUGCAACUCUGACUCUGGGUAAGUCUUUAUUAUUACUUUUCUUUCUUCAUACCUUCAUUACAUGGAUCCCACUCUGUGGUGAGUGGUGCCUGACCAGAUAUUCUCUAACUCUAAAUCCACACUGAACACCAUGUUGACUAGCACCUUCUUUUUCAUGGCUUCUCAUGCUCACCUUUUAGAUGGGGUGUUUCACAAGAUCACUUAUAGGAGAAUAAUCUCGCAAUGUUUGCUUCAGAACUUGUCCCAUCCCAGACUGUACCAUCCAUGGACUUCGUGUAUAAAGCUGCCCAACCUUGUCAUGCCUCGAUUGAAUAAAUUGAUAUGGUCUGUUUUUCAAAAUAGGGUUUCAUGAUUACCCACUGCACUGUCUCGGGUGUCGAUGUUCCUUGGGGCUCUCCAAUGCAUUCUCAGCCCCCCUUCUCUUCUAGUGGAGUAUGGGAGUCCUUACCAUUUUCAAGCUACAGGGGUGGUCAACCAUGGAGGCACUCUGCUGGAUGGGUUCCACAUAGAUCAGGGGUGGGCAACCUUUUUGUGCGUGCGUGCCAAAAUCUCUGACACAAAAUUCUUCUGCGUGCCAACCAAAAUUUUUUUAGAACAUAUUCCUAAGGUGUAUGUGAAGAACCUGAAGAAAUGACAAAAAUUCACUCGAGCAGUAAAAACACAGUAUAUGAUGAUGAAAAAA